UUGACAAAACAAUAAAAUCCGAAUUACUGCAGCAAAGGAAGAAAUUCUAAAAGCAACCCUUUACCUGUUACACCUGAAAUAACAUAUUUCUAAAGAUGUCGAAGAAUGUAAAGCAUCGACAGCAUUUAUCAUCAUAUCUUACGAAACAUCGCGCAAGUUCUCAACAAAAUGGUGGAAAUCUGCAUUCCAAAGAAGCAGAAAAGAAAAAGGAUGAAAGACUACAGCCAAAGAAAGACAGCAAAGCAACCACCUAUAAAGCAAUUCAAAGAGGGAAAAUGUCAAUUCAUGAUAUUCCAGGUGAAAUAAUGAUGAACAUUUUCAGCUACUUGUUACCACAGGACCUUAUUCUCGCUUCUCAAGUCUGCAAAACUUGGCAUAGACUUGCCAAUGAUAAUACUCUAUGGAGACCAAUAUUCAAGAAGUACUCUGGUAUCAAAACCGGUGGAAGUGAGAGAGAGGUCAAACAUAAGUCUAUUGAAAGCAUGAAACAAGAAUGUAUGACAAGAUGUGUCCAUCAGAGAAAUAAAAGAGUCUUCAAGCAUUUGAGAAAAAGAAAAAGUCCCUACACAGGGCUUCAAGAGAGUAAAGAAGUGGAGCAGGCACUGAGGACAGCAGGAAUGACCUUUGAAUUGGUGAUGAUUGACAGUGAUGACAGAGAACAUACCCUUGGUCACCAAGAUGUUUUUUAUCAUACAAUGUCAGUCAGCAUUCGAUGGUUUGCUUUAGAGAUGCCUCCUUUAAAAUCCAUCAAGGAAAUCCAGCUAUACUCCAGAAAUCCCCUGUUUUAUAACCAUGCAACUGGAAAACCAGUUAAAGAUGGACCAUAUCAAAGAUCCUUAUUAAUUACCCAAGACUUCAAAUGGAGUGACUGGAAAGGAAAACCAGUUGGAGGGGAUGAAGUGAUAAAUCUGUACAGUCAACCCCAUGGUCUCACUGUAGCUGUGUAUAAGGGAGAUGAGGAGAUGGCCUUUGUGUCCCAUGGACUGUCACUAGAUAACCUGGUACAGCAGUGUGUGUAUGGAACCCCUGAAGAGCCCUUUACUACUUCUGAAAAUAAAUGCUUGGAUCCAGGAAUGAGCUCAAGACAUGGCUUGUUAGAUUACCAGCUAACAGUGCAGCUCAGAUCUCUACGUAAAGAACACUGGGACGACCAGUUCAGGCACGUUGAUUGCCGAGAAGGAAGUUUUGACGGGGGAUAUGCCAACUUUACUGUUGUGAAACCAGAUCAACGAAUCAAAAUUAACGUAGAAGAAUUUGUUUACCCAUGGAAAACUGACAUGUUUAAAGGAAAAGUUAAAGAUGUUGCCAUAUUAGAUCUGACAAUGCUUGAUGAAGGAAACAACAUCUUUUGGGCUGCAAGUUCUUUGGUGAAAAUUGAAAGAAACAAAGAAAUUUCAAAGAUGUUCGAUUUUGACUACCGAUAUGACUCCAUCAUUUCCAUAGAGUAUGCAGAUUCCAAAGGAAAGAUUAUUAUUCAGAUAUGCAAAAUGGACAGUGGUGAAACGUUUCUGACCAACCUUAUUGUGAGUCUUUCGUUGGAGGCUAUAGAUGACAGAUUUGGAACCAAAUACAAGCCUCUCGACAAGUAAACAAUGCCCUCUGUGAUGCCAUGUUCUGUGAUACUGACCAAUAUAUGAUUCCACAUCCAUUAUAUUUUUUUAAAAUAAAGAUUACCAUAAAAAAAUA